GGUUUCCGGUCUGUGGUACUGCACCGGCUUCCAGUAGACGUGUAACGGACGGUGGCCCGCAGCCAUGACCGAGAGGAAACUUAAUGGUGGCAGUGGCGGCGCUUCCACCUCUUUAUCGUGUACUAACUUACUCUUCUCCUCCUCGGCCACGGGGUUCAGCUUCAACGUGCCCUUCAUCCCAGUCACGCAAGCCGCCCCUGCCUCGGCCUCUCUUCUCUUGCCCGGAGAGGAUUCCACAGAUGUUGGUGAGGAGGACAGCUUCCUUGGUCAGACUUCUGUUCCCACAUCCACCCCACAGACAUUUAGUUACUUCUCUCAGGUAUCGAGCAAUAGUGAUCCUUUUGGGAAUAUUGGACAGUCACCCUUAACAACUGCAGCAACAUUGGUUGGACAAUCAGCAUUCUCCAACCCGCCAACUGCUCUCCCUUUUACAACUGAAUCCCACGAUGGGUUGACUACAUUUCCACCAUCUGUUUCAAAAGCUCAGUAUGGUACUCCACCUUCCUCACAGAUGGGAAUAAAUCCUUAUUUGCCUUCUCAGCCAAGUGGUUUCCCUCCUUCAAAUUUUGGGAGCCCACCGCAAGGAACCUCUCAACAAGGAUAUAAUCCAUAUCGCCAUACCCCUGUCAGCAGCAGGGCUAAUCCCUACAUCACACCUCCACAGCUGCAACAGUGCCAACCACCAGGCCAUCUCACUCACCCUCCAACCUCUGGACCUCCAGUACAGAUGUACCAGACGCCUCCAGCAUCUUUGCUGCCGAUUCCUCCUUCAGUACAGCCACCAACACAACAGCAAGCACUUGCUAAACCUGCAGGUCCCUCUGUGCAGGGGCCACCUCCUUUUGUACUUCAAAAUCAGUAUGAACCUGUCCAGCCCCACUGGUUUUACUGCAAGGAGGUAGAAUACAAACAAGUAUGGAUGCCUUUCAGUGCACUGGACUCUUUGAAUCUUGAAGAAGUCUAUAAUUCCGUCCAGCCAGACCCAGAGAGUGUGGUUCUCAGCACAGAUGGAGGGCGAUAUGAUGUCUACCUCUAUGACCGAGUGAGGAAAGCAGUGUACUGGGAAGAGGAGCCAGCUGAAGUGAGGCGCUGUACUUGGUUUUACAAGGGGGACACAGACAGCAGAUUCAUUCCCUACACAGAGGACUUCAGUGAAAAACUAGAGGUUGAAUAUAAAAAAGCUGUAACCACAAAUCAGUGGCACCGAAGAUUAGAGUUUCCAAGUGGAGAGACUAUUGUUAUGCACAAUCCAAAGGUUAUUGUUCAGUUCCAGCCUUCCUCAGUGCCCGAUGAGUGGGGAACCACACAGGAUGGACAGACAAGGCCCAGGGUUGUAAAGCGUGGGGUUGAUGACAGCCUUGAUGAAAUUCCCGAUGGAGAAAUGCCUCAGAUUGACCAUCUGGUGUUCAUGGUACAUGGCAUUGGGCCGGUGUGUGACUUGCGCUUUAGAAGCAUUAUUGAAUGUGUGGAUGAUUUUAGGGCGGUUUCUCUCAAAUUGCUGCAGACACAUUUCAAGAAGUCUUUAGAGGAUGGGAAAAUAAGCAGAGCCGAGUUCCUUCCUGUCCCCUGGCACAGUGCCUUGGGUGGGGGUGCCACCGGUGUUGACAGGAAUAUUAAGAAAAUCACUUUGCCAAGUAUUGGUCGGUUUCGUCACUUUACCAAUGAAACUUUGCUAGAUAUUUUAUUUUAUAAUAGCCCCACCUACUGUCAGGCAAUUGUGGAGAAAGUGGGACUAGAGAUGAACCGUCUACAUGCACUCUUUUUGAGUCGGAACCCAGACUUCAAGGGAAGGGUCUCUGUUGCUGGUCACAGUUUAGGUUCUUUAAUACUGUUUGACAUCCUGUCUAAUCAAAAAGAUUUGAAUUUUUCGAAGUCUCCUGGGCCUCUUGCUGUUGCUAAUGGAGUUGUGAAGCAGCCUCAGUUUCAGGAGAAGCAGAUAACUGAAGAGUCAAAGCUGACUUUCGAUGAAUCAUGUGACCUUGAUGUUGAAAAUGAAGAAGUUCUAACUUUGCAAGCAACUCUGGAAGCGCUUAGCCUCUCUGAAUAUGUUAGCACUUUUGAAAAGGAAAAGAUUGAUACGGAAUCUCUGCUUAUGUGUACAGUUGAUGACCUGAAGGAAAUGGGGAUACCUCUUGGACCAAGAAAGAAGAUAGCCAACUUUGUAAAACUGAAAGCAGCCAAACUGGAACAGGAGAGAGCAGCAUCAGAAAAGAAGGCAGUUAUGGCCUCUCCAGUGAAAGGACAGGAGGAGAACAUUCCAAAAGCUAAAGCAGUGGCUUCUCUCCCCUCAGAAACCAAUGAGUCAAAGAGGAAACUUCCAGUUGGUGCUUACGUAUCUUCUGUACAUGUUGAUUAUGAGUCCUUUGAAGUUGGCACGGGACAGGUUUCUGUUGUUCACAACUCAUUAGACUUUGAACCAGAGAUUUUCUUUGCUUUGGGAUCUCCAAUUGGUAUGUUUCUCACUAUUCGAGGAGUGGAUAGGAUUGAUGAGAACUAUAAGCUCCCUACAUGUAAAGGAUUCUUCAAUAUAUAUCAUCCGCUCGACCCAGUGGCAUAUAGAUUAGAACCUAUGAUUGUUCCAGAUUUGGACCUAAAAGCAGUUCUUAUUCCACAUCACAAAGGCAGAAAAAGACUUCAUUUAGAGCUGAAAGAAAGUCUCUCUCGUAUGGGAUCUGAUUUGAAGCAGGGUUUUAUUAGCUCUCUGAAAAGUGCUUGGCAGACACUGAAUGAGUUUGCCCGCGCUCAUACCUCUUCGACUCAGUUGCAAGAAGAAUUGGAGAAAGUUGCCAAUCAAAUCAAAGAGGAAGAAGAAAAGCAAGUAGUUGAAGCAGAAAAGAUUGUUGAAAGUCCAGAUUUUUCCAAGGAUGAGGACUACUUAGGAAAGGUUGGAAUGUUAAAUGGAGGCCGCCGAAUUGAUUACGUUCUUCAAGAAAAGCCAAUAGAGAGUUUUAAUGAAUAUCUUUUCGCUCUUCAGAGUCACUUAUGCUAUUGGGAAUCUGAAGAUACUGCCCUAUUACUACUUAAAGAAAUUUAUCGAACGAUGAACAUUAGUCCAGAGCAGCCCCAGCAUUGAUCAGAAUUCCCUUUUACUGUAUUUGUCUUCACAGAAAGUCUCACUAUAAAUUACAUCACUGAGAUUCCUCAAAGGAUGUUUCCAGUUUUCUCCUGUGAUGAAUGACAGAAAAGCAAUUCAUCAACAGUUGCUCAGAUACAAAUCUCAGAUGUAGGGAAUCAUUUAAAAGAAAAUAUACAGUGCAAAAAGAUAAUGAAAAAAAUCAGUACCACAUUUGGACAGUAUAGAUGAAAAGACGCAAUUAUAAAAAUAAUGCAAUGAAAAAUUCCUCAGAUUUGUUUGGUUGUAUAGCUGUCAAAGUUAAGUGUGACCUCAAUGAAGAAAUAUUUGUAGCAUGCAAAUAGUUUUGUUUAAGAACUAUUGUCAGUGGACAAUUAAACUUAGAUUUUUCUUUUAUUAAUGCAGUAUGUUCUUUACUGAUUUCUUGAGACGCUAUUAAUAACGUGAUUUUUAGAACUUAUGUUGUACUUUAAAUGGGAAUUGUAGUUCUGAGCUGCCUUGAUGCAGGGUCAUUUCUGUUUGUGAAGAGGAAGGGGCCAAGAUCACUGAUGCACCGAGCUGGAUAUGAGGGUUUACAAAGCCUCAGCAGCAUUGCCAACAGCCCAGCUGUGUUCCUUCCUUUCCAGAACCCUGAAGAGCUCUCCUGGCCUGUCCACCACCCCCAGUAGAAGGAAGGAGCACAUUAUGAGUUUACAUUUUGUCACCAAUGGUAGUUGUACAGUUGCCCCGUUGCUGAUGUUCCAGUUCAUGUGAGAACCAAAAUAGAGAUUUUAUUUUUUGGCUUGCAUUGAUUUCAUUUAUACCAAAGUGCUUGAAAGUACAAAAUGUACUGCUUCUAGGAUAUAAAACUACUUCAUGAAAAGAUGCUCUGCAAUGUUUCACUUUGUUUUACUAUAAAUUCAAAUUAUCUAAAUAUUUUCCUAAUACUGUACGGGAAUUCUGAUUUUCUUUUGUUACGUAGCAGAAAUAUUUUACAUUGUUUAUAUAGUUCUCAUGGAACAUGGAAUUUUUUGAAAGCAACAUGAUACACAUUUUUCGUGUGUGUGUGUAUAUAUAUAUAUAUAUUCUAGUUGGUGUGAAUAAAACAGUAAAUCAAUGCAUUUUGGAAGUAACAAACUUCUUUAUUACUCAUGUCUUCCUUAAAAGUAUUUCCGUGAAUUCAGUGUUCAUUCUCUUUUCAUAGUAGCUGCCAUGUACUUAAUACAUAAUGUCAGCAUUAUAAAACAGUAAGAUUUUAGAACUGCGAUUGAUCCCAGACAACAUAUAUUUUGAACCACGGACACAAUACAAAAGGCCUUUUCCAGACUGGUAAGUGGUAGAUCUGUCUGGAAGAUGGUUUUCUUGAGUCUUUUGGCCUUCAUUUCUCUAUACCAGGACAAUUUUUACUUCUCAAUUCUAAUGAAAUGAUAAAAAAUGAUGGUUACUUAUGUAUAUUUUAAUAAAAUCUAGUUUGAUUUUUCAACUUACAA